CAAAGAGACUCUGACCCAUCCCUGCCCAGAAGGAGCUGAGGACGGGAUGAUGGCCAGACCAUAUUAUAUGGUAGUGGCCCUACUGUUGCUGGCAGAGUUCACCAGGUUUGGAGAAGGAACACCUAAUCCCGGGUUCGUGGCCAGGAUCACUGGAAAAGGCCUGGAAUAUGCCCAUCAAUAUGGAGAAGCCACCCUGAAGAAUGAGCUGUCCACCACCAAGAUGCAUGAUUUGUCAGGAAGCUACGGAAUUGGUUGGCUUGGAAGUGUGAAUUAUGUGUUUAGUGGAAUGAGGAUCCAUCGCUUCUUACUCCAGGACUCCCAGCUGAGUCUACACCCAGGUCAGGGUAUCAAAGCCUCCUUGUCCGAUAACUACAUAUCUGUUGGUGGGAACUGGAAGGUGGAAAAGUCUUUCAUCACCUUACACGGUACAUUUGAUCUGAGUGUGGACGGCAUUUCCAUCUUGGUUUCUCUGAACUUGGGCAAGGACCAGUCUGGGCGACCCACUGUCUCUGUGAUCCACUGCCACAACUCCAUCAGCCAUGUCAGCGUUGAAAUUUCUGGACACAUAAGCUGGAUCCUGAACCUCUUCCAUGAAAGAAUUGAAAACAAUGUCAAACCCAUCUUGGAACAAAAGAUCUGCGAAAUGGUCAGGAAGUCAGCAAUCUCCCGCCUGGAGCCCUAUCUCCGCACCCUGCCAGUCACCUUGAUGAUUGACCAGAUUGCCGGCAUUGACUACAGUUUAGUAGGAGCUCCCCAGGUGACCUCCCAAGGCCUGGAUACACACUUCAAGGGUGAAUUCUUCAGCAGAAACUGGAACACCUCCGUCCCCUUUGAUGCUCCACCGAUCACGCUGCCCCAGAAACAUGACCACAUGAUCUACUUUGCUGUCUCCGAAUAUGCCUUCAACACGGCCAGCAGGGUUUACUACCAGGCCGGGCAGAUGAAAUUCACCAUCCAAAAUAAGCAUAUUCCCUUGGACUUCCCAAUCCAGCUGCAUACCAGCUCAUUCUGGGCCAUUAUUCCUCAGCUGGCCAUGUUGUAUCCUAAUAUGGAACUAGAGCUUGAGACAUCACCUGAAUCAGCUCCAUUCCUGACAUUCACUCCCGGAAAUGUGACGUUCAUGCCAGUGAUGGACAUCCAGGCCUUCGUUCUCCUGCCCAAUUCUGCUGGCCGCAAGUCCCUCUUCCAAAUCAGGGCGAGUACCAACAUCUCCAUCACCAUCAAUGUGAACUCCACGAGGAUCACUGGUUCGUUGACCACAGGGAGUGAGCUGAAAUUGGAACUGAAGGACUCCAACAUCGGUUUCUUCAAUGUGAAUUUGAUGGAAUCCAUCUUCAAUUACUAUGCACUCCACACUGUAUACCCCUCUCUCAAUGCAAAGCUUGAGGAGGGCAUCCCACUCCCUCUGCCAAGGGACACCUACCUCAACAGCUUGGAGUUCCAAAUCCACGAGAACUUCUUGUUCUUAGGGGCCAAUGUUGAUUAGCCUGAUAAUGGAAGAGUAACUGUGGUUUGGAGGAGUGGACGACACACGUGGACUGCCCUUGAACUUGCAGGGGUCGAAGCUGCCUCUUCUCCCAUGAGUGUCCUCUGUCCUGAUGGACGCAGGAAACGGCUGGCGCCUGAAGCCACACCUGACUUCCUCCACCCCUUCCUGUGUCCCUACACGUUCUUUCAGCUGUCCUCAGCCUUUCUCUGGGGAGCCAGUUCCAACUCCUUGCCCGUGGUCCCCUAGAGAAAACUUCAGUGAUGGAAAAAAACAUGAGCAGUGUUCAACCACCAUGUAGCCCAAAGCAUGCUGCUCAACAUUAAACAUACACGUGCAACUUUGUUGGAGAAGGCAAUGGCACCCCACUCCAGUACUCUUGCCUGGA